AAAUACCCCGUGCCAAUCACGACGACGACACCGUUUCUGAAAUCCCACAGACGAUUACAUUGCAUCAACUCACCAGACGACGACACACCACGUCACUUUCUAAGCGCCCGUACAACCAAAUCGGUCCUACCGCGCCACGUCCCCUGCAGCUAGCCCAGGUGUCUGGCGCAAGCCAGCGCGCAGGCCUAUGUCACACCACGACGAGAUCUCAUAGCACGCCGGACAACAAUGUCCCUGACCAUUAAAUUCCUGAGCAGCAUACAAGGCUUCCUCAAGUCUCGCGAUGGCGACUCAUUACGAAGCUGGCUGCGCGUCGAGCCGCCUGUUCCGCAGGAGUACCACAACUUGACUGCCGAGCUCCGCAAUGGCUACAGGGACAGCGCUGCUGUGGCACGGCUGGUCGAGCAAAAUCUCCCGAUUGAAGACGACCUGCCCGAGGACCAGGGCACGGCCUGGCCAGGCUUCAUAUCGUUCAUGAAGGACUACCUGGAAUAUUGGCGGGAUGUGGAUUUUGACAAUCUGCUCAACGCGCACCAGCUGCUGGUCAGCCUCACAAACUCAUGCGCCGCUGCGCUGAACAACCCGACGUAUGGCUCUGUGCUCCUGCAAACAAGCAUUGGCAUCUGCCACUCGCUAUCGAAGCUGUCGAUGACUCUGAAUAAGCGUCCUGACCUCGUUCGGAAGCUCGAGACGCUAAACGCCGGCGACGACGAGAAGAAGUCUGUGAUCGAGUCGACUGCAGAGAUAAUACAGAAGAUAUUUGUGGCCUGCUUGUCGGACCGCCUGAGCCCGCGCAAUGCCAGACCAGAGGGCAAGAAAGUCGGCGUGUACAUAUUCGCCAACAUCACCCUGAAAUUGCUGUUCGCUUGCCAUCGGACAGUUCUGGCGAAACAGAUGUUCACGAACAUAUCAGCAAAGUCACCGCCACUAUCAUUCUACCCUGCGGCGCAGCGAGUGACAUACCUGUACUAUUUGGGGCGCUUCCACUUCAUCAACACACACUAUGGACGUGCCGCGAGGUGUCUAGAACAAGCAUAUCUGCAGACACCGCCGCAAUUUCAGAAACAUAGAAGUCUGAUACUGACCUAUCUCAUACCGGCCAACAUGAUCCUGGGGCGUCUGCCAUCAAACGCUCUGCUUUCGCGGCCUGAGGCCCAGUCCAUGGCCACGGCGUUCAGCCAGUUAUCAGCGGCCGUCCGCACCGGAAACUUUCUUGCAUUCCAGCAGACCCUCGCUGACCACGAGCAGUGGCUACUGCGCAAGGGUCUCCUGCUGCCACUCUCGUUCAGGCUACGCCCGCUAGUCUGGCGCUCCUUCUCGCGCAAAGUCUUCAUCAUAACGUACGUCAAACCCGAGGCCGACCCCAGCAAUCCGACAAACGCCAGGCGCGCCAUCACCCUCGAGCUCUCCCACCUGCUCGUGGCCGCGAACUACGUCCAGAAACGUCUCGAGGGCUACAUACCGUACCAGCUAGCGCCGAAGCGGCCCGCGCCGCACACAAACUCGAUCUUCAUGAAGGCAGUCGCGAACAACGCCGCGACACUGGUGGCUCCGCCCAGCGGCAAGCCGAAGACCCUGCGCCCCAACGAGGGUCUGGUGUGGGGCAACCUGCCCGUCACCGCGGAGCACGUCGAGUCGGUGGUCGCCUCGCUCGUGGCGCAGGGCUUGCUGGCGGGAUACCUCGCGCACGCGCAAGGGCGGUUCGCGCUGCGCAGGGCGAAAGGCGACGAGGGCCCGAUCGCGGCUGGUUGGCCGCGGGUCGCGGAGGUCACAGCCAAGGAUGAUAAUGAUGUCCCUGGGUGGGUGUCUUCGCUGUGAGGCUGGAGGGGGAGGUGCCUGUAUGUAUGAACUGGAGCUGUAAAGGCGAAAAUCCGCAUAUAAAGCACCGGUGGCGGCGGCACUAGCGGAUGUGUCUGUGUACAUACACGCGCCAUGCACGAAACCUCAAAUAAUUAUUUUGAGGGCCGGUGUACUUUUUUUUGGCGCUCAGUCUUAAAUUAAUCUUGUAAGCUCGUCAUGGUACAAUAGAUUGAAGACUCGGGGGUCUUGUGCCGGACGAGAAAGCUGAGCUGGUCGAUAGUCUUGGCUGGCGUAGUAGAAUAUUUGAUACCCUUUUCCUUGACGAUUGGUACCUUACGAGGAUAUGCUUUCGCUGUGCU